GCGGGUGUUCCUGGGCCCAGAAACCAAUUUCGGGGUCAGAGCGUAUUCCCUAUGUACCACUAGGACAACUAUCGCCUGCGCUUUAACGACCGGCAAAGUUCGCAGGCGCUUCUGAUUGGGUUGCACCGCAUACCGAGCCUGCAUGUGAAUGGUGACACCCCUUUUUUCUAGCAGCCCAAGCAGGUACGGCCGCCGUAUAUGUAUAUCGAACGGUUCCAGUUCUCCAUAAAUUACCUGGAUAUGCAUGGUCAUAAACGGCAGGGAUACGGCAAGUUCUCGCCCAGACACGCACUUCGUCCCUUGCCCAGAGCGAGGCUUCUCCUCUCCUUUCCAUCGCUCGUACAACUCCGUCCCUUCUGCCUCCAUCUCGCAUUCUUCGACAGUCCUUUUUUUUUUCUUUCCCUCCACACUCUUUUUUCCUUAGGCUAGGUUCAUCUCGUCGAGCGGCUGCUGAUGAGAUCGUCUGCUCCAACCACAGUCCUUCAGAGUCCUUGAAUGCUAGGGCUCUCUCCUCCCGGUUACUCCGUCAAUUUCACACUCUCUUAAACGUCAAGUCAAUCAAUUUUUUUCGAUUGCGUGGUUUUUUUGAGGCGUCCUCGUAGGUGGUGCAUACAGAUACACACAUCUUGACGUACGAAUUAUUUCAUCGGUGCCGACCUGUCACUGGGCGUACGGACCGGUAUCCUCAGGAGGACGCUGGAAAGGAGAUGUUUUCAAGUCGAAUAUAAAACAUCAACUCAUUGAUAUCCACCCAGGGCAUUCCGGCCAACCAUUCUCUGAUAUCGACCGUCCCAGACUCGGCGUCUCGCUUGACAUCCAUUUCUUUAUAUACAAGUCGACCCUCCCCUUCAUCCACAGGGGUAAAAAAAAUUAUUAUUAUUUUUUUUUUUUUUAUCAAGAAUCAACCUGUAAAUAUGAAGAUAUAUACGCCCAAGGCCGUCAUGGCGGUGGCCUUCCUACUGAGUUCGAGCCUGUCAUGCGUUGAAGCGAAACUCGAUGAAAGCCUCAAGGGAUGCUACAAAGGUUCCGGAAGUUUGAAGGACAUGGGGCCCACCAAAUACCAGAGCACAGGAGCUUGUCGAGACUUAUGCACCCAAUCUCAGAACGCAGUAUUUGCGCUUCAUGACACUGACCGAUGCUCUUGCGGUGAUAAAUAUCCUCCAGAGAGCCUGAAGGCCGCAUCUACAGAUAAAACCUGCGUUCUCGUCAACUGCCCUGGCUUUGACAAAGAUAAAUGUGGUGGAAAGAACAGCUUUGCAGUCUACCUGACCGGUCUAGUCGAUGACCCGGCAACAGAGGGCGGCGCAGACGACGGCGAUGCCACGAAGACAUCGUCGACUCCUCAGCCAACAAGCAGCGAGGGAGGAGGACACACGAUCAUCAUCACUCCUAGCAGCAAGCCUGCCCCGUCAGGCCCCAACAAGGCUGGAAUCGCCGCCGGUGUAGUCGUCGGCGUCGUGGCCAUCGGCGCCAUCAUCGGGGGUGUCAUCUUCUUCCUCAAAUACAGAAAGCGACAAAAGGUAGUUGAUGAGUACCGUCGCAACCAGACAAUCAACAACUUCGUCGCUGGAGGGAAACCGUCGUACAGCCAGAGCUCGGCGGAUUCACGACUAGACCCAAGCAUGACAUCUCAGCGCCGCCAGAGCAACGGCAGCAUUGCUGACGACCAGGACUUCUCACGGCGGGUUUUGAAGGUCACCAACCCGGAUGGAAAUUACUAAAUAUACCCACGUCGAUAUACGUUCAUCAAGGCCGCCUCCUACUGCCUCUGCCUUUCCUUCUCCUUUUUGUCUGGGGGGAGCGCUCCCCAUUCUAAUUGAUCGCGACUUGUCGAUACUCCUGAUUAAACCCGAUUAUUAACGCCCGUGUAUAUUUCCGUUCCCUCGCCGUCGCUUACACUUGUACCUCAGCCCCCGUUCCCCGACCUGUAUUUUCAGCUUUGACCUUACGACCCAAAACUAACCUCCACCUUGUGAUUCCUUCUCGGCGUUAUACCACGUUCGCACAGUCUUUUCGGAAAGGAGGGGAGUUUUGUGGACGUAUACUCCUUUUUUUCAUCUCCUUUUUCUUGUCUGUACACCCUCACUCUCACUCCUUCCCUACCGCAGACGAGUACGGGAUAAGCAAAGCAGACGUCUGGGGGUGAAUUUGAAGUCUUCCAAAUGAAAUGACCAGUCAAAGUGUCGUCCUUCCAAGCUCCUCUAUUUUCCUUAUGCCCAUUUUUUCUGUUCUCCUUCCUGCUCCUCUGUUGGACGUGUGCUAUGAUCCAUAUCUCUCGUGGCCUGCCAUAUUCCCGAACUCUUGUUAUAUCUCUCUUAUAUCUCUUUACCUACAUAUCUUCUAUCUCCUUUCCCCCCCUCCCCCUCCGUCUUCCUAUAUACCUUCUACUAUGUAUGCAUCUGGGCGUUACUGUGUAUUAUUCCUCACCGGCUUCCUAUAUACAUCUCUUAUUUUUACUAAGUUGACGUCUUGGACGACUGGCUCUCUCUUACCCCCGUUUUAUACCGUACAUAUAUAUACAUACUAUUAUUACUAUAUGGUCUAUCUGUCUGCCUUC